CCACCUCCAUUUUGUUACGUGUCAAAGCUAAACCCAACGGUUUAUCCUCCUCCAGGCACUGUAGUGGUGUGUGUUCUAGUAUGUGGCUCAGCAGUGUUGGUCCUGGUGAUGGUCAGACGGUAUUAUAACCGCAGCAAGUCCACACGUGCAUCUGAUGCAGCAGGUCUCGAGACAAGAAAUGUGGUGUAUGAUGAGGUAGCUCUUUCCCCAACCACCACCUCAUCCUCUGUCAUUCCAACUGAACCCAACACAGCCUAUGUCACCACCACAAUACCCACUGACCAGAAUGUGGCUUAUGCUGUGCAUUCAUCCAAUACAUAAUAAUGUAAUGUUUUUC